AUGGACACCUCCGACAUUCACGAGACCCCGAUCGCCGACGAGACGAUGACCGAUUCCAUCAACGUUGGUGAUGAGGGCGACAUGGAAAUCGUCCCCAAGACCGAGGAAGAGUAUGCGCAAUCCAUGCUCACUCUUCGCGCCAUCGUUUCAUCCAAGGAAGCGGGUGUCAUCAUCGGAAAGGCGGGUAAGAACGUUGCCGAUCUACGCGAUGAGACUGGCGUCAAGGCCGGUGUCAGCAAGGUAGUUCCCGGCGUUCACGAUCGCGUUCUGACCGUGACCGGUGCUCUCCACGGCACUGCUAGAGCCUAUGCUCUUGUCGCCAAGGGACUGCUGGAAGGAGCCCCGCAGAUGGGCAUGGGUGGAAUUGUUUCCAACAACGGCACUCAUCCUAUCCGUCUAUUGAUUUCCCACAAUCAAAUGGGCACCAUUAUCGGACGACAGGGAUUGAAAAUCAAGCACAUCCAGGACGCAUCAGGUGUGCGUAUGGUGGCUCAGAAGGAGAUGCUGCCUCAGUCCACCGAGCGUAUUGUCGAAGUGCAGGGCACCCCUGAGGGAAUCGAGAAAGCCAUCUGGGAGAUCGGAAAAUGUCUUAUCGAUGACUGGCAACGUGGAACUGGAACAAUUCUUUACAACCCCGCUGUGCGUUCGUCCGUUGGUAGCGGUUCGGUCCAGCACAACGGUGGCAAUGGCGACAGCUACAACAACCGCCCUUACAACCGUACCGGUAACGGUGCCGACUUCAGUGACCAGUCCGGCAGCUACGGUAGACGGUCCAACCCCGAUACUAGCAACCGCGGCUACCCUCUUGUCACCGAGGAUGGCGAGGAGAUCCAAACGCAAAACAUCAGUAUCCCUGCUGAUAUGGUUGGAUGCAUCAUCGGCCGGGGUGGAACCAAGAUUACAGAGAUCCGCCGGAGUUCUGGGGCCCGCAUCUCUAUUGCCAAAGCCCCUCAUGAUGAGACCGGAGAACGCAUGUUCACCAUCAUGGGCAGCGCCCAGGCUAACGAGAAGGCCUUGUACCUUCUAUACGAGAACCUUGAGGCUGAGAAAACUCGCCGCAGUCAGCUGCAAGAGUAA